GGAGCCCGCCGGGGCUGACAGGCCCAGCCCCAGCCCCGCCUCUCCCCUGCGCGGGGGUGGCCGUGCCUCUUAUCCCGGGCCAGGGGCGGCGCGGCGGGGUGCGGGGUGCUGCCGCGGGCAGGAAGUGAUAGGUAGAAAAGAAUCCUGUGCCUCAGGACAGCUACCUAUGAGCUACCUAAGCUGCCUUGCUUACAUACUGGAAGAAUGGACUGCUGUGGAAUACCUGAAGAAAUAUUUUUUCCAUGUGGUCAUCAUCUUGCUGACAAUUAGUGCAUUGCUAAUUUUUUUUAUUGUUCCUUUAACAAUCCUCUUUUUCAUUUACCUUACUAAUGUUUUGCUUUUAAUAUAUCAGAGGAAUGACGAGGUAAAAGCCACAAAAGAUCCCUUGAGUGAAGUUUGGGAUAGUGCAAGGAAAACUGUGGCAAGCUUUUGGGAUAUAUAUGCAAGAAUAUGGCACGGUUAUGAACUUCAUGGUGUGGAAAACCUACCAGAAGGACCAGGCAUUCUUGUUUACUACCAUGGAGCUAUUCCCAUAGACUACCUUUACUUUUUAUCUAGGCUCUUUCUCUGGAAGAAAAGACUUUGUCUGUCAGUAGCUGAUCAUUUUGUCUUUCGUUUACCAGGACUCAAGUUACUGUUAGAAGUGACUGGUGUUAUGCCAGGUACGAGGGAGGAGUGUCUCAGUGCACUGAAGAACGGUCACCUGGUGUCUAUAUCACCAGGUGGAGUUAGAGAAGCACUGUUCAGCGAUGAAAGUUACCAGCUCAUGUGGGGAAAUAGAAAAGGCUUUGCUCAGGUUGCUCUAGAUGCAAAAGUGCCCAUCAUUCCAAUGUACACUCAGAAUGUACGAGAAGGAUACAGGAUGUUUAAAGAACGAAGAUUUUUUAGAAAAUUGUAUGAAAGUACUCGAUUGCCAUUUACUCCUCCAUAUGGAGGACUUCCAGUUAAAUUUCGCACAUAUAUAGGGGAGCCGAUCCCUUAUGAUCCAAAUAUAACUACAGAUGAGUUAGUUGAAAAGACAAAGACUGCAGUUCAGGCUUUAAUAAAGAAGCACCAAACAAUCCCAGGCAGCAUAUGGAAGGCUUUAAUGGACCGAUUUGAUAGACAUCAUAAAAGUGAUUAGAAUGCUUAUGUUUAUUUCAUUCUUUUUACAGUCUAUAGUAAAAAACAAUGUCCUGUGGCAGUGAUGACUAAUUGGUGUUUAACCGGUUUAAUGUACAAGUUUCUACAGAUUCAACAGAAGAAAACAAUAACUUUUUGAAGAUUCCCCUGUGUGAGCUCUUUCAGUCAAUGGCUUUUUGAGGAUAUUCUUGAAGACAGAAAGAGUGGGCCCUUGAACAAGAAAACUUAUGUAUAAUAGCAAGUGCUGAAUUUACCAAGAAGAAAUCACGUAGCCAAUAUUUGACACUUUUCUAAGAAAAAAGUAUUUACAUAUAUCUGAAAGUUUGAAAAGUUUUACCUAGUUCUGUGCUUUUUUUUCUGUGCUGUUCACAGUCCAGUGUCAGUAGGUGUUGUCCCACUGAAUUGCAGUCUAGCAGGCACUCUCUGUCAGUACCUUCCAAACUAGACCUCACGCAAGUGUGAGAAGAGAAAAUGUCUUUAGCUAAUGAUAUGUUGCUUGGAUCACUUUUCUAGAAAUGUAUGCAAAGAGAAAUAAUCCCAUUAAAACAGAUAUUAGACUCAUACAAAUACAUCAGCUUAAUGGUUCAUUAUCCUAGGAAGUAAGAAUUCUGCAUUCAGGACUUCCCUUUGACGGGGGAAAAAAGUCUCCUAUCCCGUUUCAUGUCCUCCUGUCCUUUUAUGAGAGAAUGAAGCAAAUCUGGCUAACUCUAGGGAAGAAGUAAUAGAGUAACAGAAAUACCUGGUUCAGAUUCCCACUACACUUUGAGGCAAAAUUUAGUUUUAUACUCUCAAAGAGAGGGGAAAAAAAGCUUCAGUUAACUGUAGCACUUUGCAAAUACACGUACUUUCAAGUCUGUGCUGGUACAUUCAUGCACUAUUGCACCAUGCAAUACUGAUUUAGCAGACGAGGCUGCCUGUAGUCGGAGUGACUGCGUCACAGUCUAUUUGCAGUACAGAUGUGCUACACUCACCCAGCCUUCCCAGGGAGUGGGGUGAGGGGAGCUUAUCUAACGCAGGCCCGAGGCUUGUAACCACUGGUGGUUUGCCUAAAAAUGCGGUACUGCAACACGUCCGUUCCCAUAUGGAUUGAGCCUAAGUGCCUGCUCGGAAGGGAGGAUAUAGGCAGUGUUGUCUUCCUAAUACAAUCUUCAGAAUACAGAAACUUGCUACAAAACAGAACGUGUUUUUACAAGCUAUGGGAUGUUGUUAUUGGUGGGAGUGGGAGACCUUUAUGUAAUAUUUUCAAUGUGCCAUUAAAAGCAACCCAGUCUCUUAACUUCAAACAUGAAGGAACGUAAUUUUUGUGCCUCGUUUUUUCCUCUUGUACUUUUGAUAUCUUGCCCUUGCACAUCCUAAAAAAUUAUGUGGCAUCUAAGAAAUACAUAUAUAACACUAGCCUGUUGUCACUAGAAAACUAAAUCCAUUUUUUGGAUUAAAAUAAACCUCUCUUCUCAUGCUG